AAACCGGUGACCCAGCCCUCUCUGAAGAGCCAGACGGGACGCGCGGGUUAAAAAGGCACCCUCGGGGGCCAGCGCGCUAGGAAGCGAGCGUCACCAACCAACCCGAGGGGUCCCCUGCACGAGGCCCGGUGGCUUGGAAUGGUUGCGCCCGCUGGCUCCAGGGACCGUCUCGGAAGAGUCUGUCCUGGAGGGAGACGGAGGCUGGCGGGAGGCCUGGGGGAAGGGAUCCCGGCCUGGAACAACUGCUGACUAAUCGGCGGGCGGGAUCACGCGCCCGUGUGUGCGCGCAGUGGGUUUGAGGCACCUAGGUCCCGGCCUGGAGCUGGCGGCCCGACUCCCAGGCGGGGCCCCCCCACCCGCUCCUCCAGGGUAGGGGGGGGGAGGACGCGCUUCUCGGGACCUUGGACGCGUGACCCGAGAGGGCGGGGGAGGGGACCGAGAAAGGAGACCCCAGGCUCAAGAAAUUGAGUACUUUCCCCAAAGUUAGAGAGCUGAAUUGGGCCCGGACCCCGGGGCGCCCCCUCUGUGCACCACCCGGAAGCAUCUUCCCUGUCCUUGACUUCCCAUUCUGUCCUCCUGGCUUCCCAGUAAGUUGAAGAUGCGGUUGGAGACAGAGACUCAAUGAUACUGCUUGCUUAGGAUGUGUGAGGCCCUGGUUUCCAUUUUCAACUGCAAGAAAGAGAAGAGACUGAUUCAGAGGACUCGAGGCCCAGUUCUGUAUGUCCGUGGACCCGUCCCUUAGUGCUCAGGGAUGGAACGGUUGUGAGAAGGUGCAAGAGGAAGCUUCAGUGUAGGUGACCCUGCCUCCAGCACUGGGGAGCAAAUCCAGGCGCCCAUGUAUGCCAGCGCACAGCCUCAGGACCACCUUUGACUACCAUCAACCAAACUAUGCAUGCCCGGGAUUCUCCUGGCUCACUGCCCCGGGCACUGCCCCUGGCCUCCUCAGUCCUGAUGCUCCUGAUGAGCUGCCUGUGGUUACUGGGGGCUGGUCCCAGCCUCACAUUGGCUCCAGAGCUGCUGCUGGACCCCUGGCAGGUGCACCGGCUAGUGACCCAUGCUCUGGGCCACACCGCACUGCCGGGCCUGCUCCUGAGCCUGCUGCUCCUGCCCACUCUGGGCUGGUGGCAGGAGUGCCAUUUGGGCACCCUGCGCUUCCUGCACAACUCGGCCCUGCUUGCCCUGGCUGCUGGGCUGCUGGCUGUGCUGCUGACAGGCCUCGGGGUGUCCAGUGCAGCUGGAGGUUGUGGAUAUAUGCCUGUCCAUCUGGCCAUGCUGGCAAGGCAGAGUUACUACCCUGGGUGGCCUCAGGGGACACUGCCACCGUGGCUGCUCCCAUGGCUGCUGCUGGCCCUGACCCUGCUACUCAGCUCUGAGCCGCCCUUCCUGCAGCUCCUUUGUGGCCUUCUUGCUGGCCUGGCCUAUGCUGCUGGGGCCUUCCGGUGGCUGGAGCUCUCAGAGCGGAGACUGCAGGUGUUACAGGGCAGUGUCCUUUGCAGGACUCUGGCCCGGGGCUGGCCACUGCGGCUCCUUCCCACCCCGGGCAAUCUGGCUGAACUGCCUGUCACUUUUCCUGCUGGAGUGAGGCCUGCCACCCCUGGAUCUCCUUACCUUGCUUCCCCAAGCUCCUGGUCUCACAGUGACGGCUCUGCCCAGCUUCCCCCAGGCCUAGGGCCUGUGCAGCUGACACGGGGGGACUCGGAGAGGGGCUCGGACUGGGCUGCGUCCAGCUUUGCUCCAGGAAGCCCGAUGUGGGCAGCCCUGGAUGAGCAGAUGCUUCAGGAAGGGAUCCAGGCUUCGCUCCUUGAUGCAUCAGUGCAGAGUCCCCAGAGCUCGGUGUGGUUGCCCAAGGCCUCCGUGUCUUCUCUCCGGCUGCAGCAGCUGGAGCACAUGGGAUUUCCCACUGAGCAGGCCGCAGUAGCCUUGGCAGCCACAGGACGUGUGGAGGGUGCAGUGUCUCUGCUGGUUGAGGGGCUGGUGGACACUGAGGCCCUGGUGACCGAGGGGAGGAGUGGUCCUGCCCACUGCAAGGGCGCUGGGCCCUCAUAGUCCAAGAAGAGAGGAGGGUCUUGGGCCUGGCCUGAGUCCUAGCCUAGUCUGCUGAGGGCUUGGGGGCUUGAAGGCAUCCCCGGGGGCAGGAGUGGGCCCCAGCAUGUUCUGACACUUUCUAAGAAUAAAAGCUGAUGUUUUCAACCUGG